AUGUGGGGUACAGCGUAUGGGGUAUGGGGUAUGGCGUAUGGGUAUGGGGUGUGGGGUAUGGGUAUGGGGCAUGGGGCAUUGGGCAUGGGGCAUGGGGCAUUGGGCAUGGGGCAUGGGGCAUUGGGCAUGGGGCAUGGGGCAUUGGGCAUGGGGCAUUGGGCAUGGGGCAUGGGGCAUUGGGCAUGGGGCAUGGGGCAUGGGGCAUGGGGCAUGGGGCAUGGGGCAUUGGGGCAUUGGGGCAUUGGGCAUGGGGCAUGGGGCAUGGGGCAUGGGGCAUGGGGCAUGGGGCAAGGGGCAUUGGGGCAUUGGGGCAUUGGGCAUGGGGCAUUGGGCAUGGGGCAUGGGGCAUUGGGCAUGGGGCAUUGGGCAUGGGGCAUGGGGCAUUGGGCAUGGGGCAUUGGGCAUGGGGCAUGGGGCAUGGGGCAUUGGGCAUGGGGCAUGGGGCAUUGGGCAUGGGGCAUUGGGCAUGGGGCAUUGGGCAUGGGGCAUUGGGCAUGGGGCAUGGGGCAUUGGGCAUGGGGCAUUGGGCAUGGGGCAUGGGGCAUGGGGCAUUGGGCAUGGGGCAUGGGGCAUUGGGCAUGGGGCAUGGGGCAUUGGGCAUGGGGCAUGGGGCAUUGGGCAUGGGGCAUGGGGCAUUGGGCAUGGGGCAUGGGGCAUUGGGCAUGGGGCAUGGGGCAUUGGGCAUGGGGCAUGGGGCAUUGGGCAUGGGGCAUGGGGCAUUGGGGCAUUGGGCAUGGGGCAUUGGGCAUGGGGCAUGGGGCAUUGGGCAUGGGGCAUGGGGCAUUGGGCAUGGGGCAUGGGGCAUUGGGCAUGGGGCAUGGGGCAUUGGGCAUGGGGCAUGGGGCAUUGGGCAUGGGGCAUGGGGCAUUGGGCAUGGGGCAUGGGGCAUUGGGCAUGGGGCAUGGGGCAUUGGGCAUGGGGCAUGGGGCAUUGGGCAUGGGGCAUGGGCAUUGGGCAUGGGGCAUGGGGCAUUGGGCAUGGGGCAUGGGGCAUUGGGCAUGGGGCAUGGGGCAUUGGGCAUGGGGCAUGGGGCAUUGGGCAUGGGGCAUGGGGCAUUGGGUAUGGGGCAUGGGGCAUUGGGCAUGGGGCAUGGGGCAUUGGGCAUGGGGCAUGGGGCAUUGGGCAUGGGGCAUGGGGCAUUGGGCAUGGGGCAUGGGGCAUUGGGCAUGGGGCAUGGGGCAUUGGGCAUGGGGCAUGGGGCAUUGGGCAUGGGGCAUGGGGCAUUGGGCAUGGGGCAUGGGGCAUUGGGCAUGGGGCAUUGGGCAUGGGGCAUGGGGCAUUGGGCAUGGGGCAUGGGGCAUUGGGCAUGGGGCAUGGGGCAUUGGGCAUGGGGCAUGGGGCAUUGGGCAUGGGGCAUGGGGCAUUGGGCAUGGGGCAUGGGGCAUUGGGCAUGGGGCAUGUGGCAUUGGGCAUGGGGCAUGGGGCAUUGGGCAUGGGGCAUGGGGCAUUGGGCAUGGGGCAUGGGGUAUGGGGCAUUGGGCAUGGGGCAUUGGGCAUGGGGCAUGGGGCAUUGGGCAUGGGGCAUGGGGCAUUGGGCAUGGGGCAUUGGGCAUGGGGCAUGGGGCAUUGGGCAUGGGGCAUGGGGCAUUGGGCAUGGGGCAUGGGGCAUUGGGCAUGGGGCAUGGGGCAUUGGGCAUGGGGCAUGGGGCAUUGGGCAUGGGGCAUGGGGCAUUGGGCAUGGGGCAUGGGGCAUUGGGCAUGGGGCAUGGGGCAUUGGGCAUGGGGCAUGGGGCAUUGGGCAUGGGGCAUGGGAGCGAGCCUGAGAGAAUGAGCGACGCUGGAGUGUGCGACGCCAGUAGUAUGGGCGACGCAGGAGUGUGCGACGCUAGCGACCCUAAACUGAGUGUAAGUGACACGAGUGAGGCGAGUGCGCCGGCGAGUCAAGCGACGGAGGUGCUCGGCGCGCAGCAGGCGGUGAUGAUCUUCGUGAAGCGGCCGGCACCAGGACGAGUAAAGACCCGCCUGGCGGCCGGCGUGGGGGCGGACGCGGCGUGCGACUUCUACCGCGCGUGCUGCGAGCACGUCGUCGCCAGGGUCGUGCUCUGCCCCGACCUGUACGUGACUUUAACGAGGUGA